AUGUCGUCGUCGUCCGCUGCCGCGCUGGGCUCCGACGACGGCUGCACGCCGGCGGAGCUGCGGCCGAGCCGGUACGAGUCGCAGAAGCGCCGGGACUGGCAGACCUUCACGCAGUACCUGGCCGCGCACCGCCCGCCGCUCGAGCUCCGGCGCUGCAGCGGCGCCAACGUCCUCGAGUUCCUCCGCUACCUCGACCGCUUCGGCAAGACGCGCGUCCACGAGCCGCCGUGCCCGGCCUACGGCGGCGGCCGCGCGCCGUCCGCCGCCGCCGGCCCCGUCGCCGCCUGCCAGUGCCCGCUGCGCCAGGCCUGGGGCAGCCUCGACGCGCUCGUCGGCCGCCUCCGCGCCGCCUACGACGAGCGCCAUGGCCGUGCCGGGGAUCCUUCAGACGCCGGCGCCGCAGCUACCCAUGACGCCGGCGGCGCCGCAGCUGCCCCCGACGCCUCCUCCUCCACCAACCCCUUCGCCGCGCGCGCCGUGAGGCUGUACCUGCGCGACGUCCGCGACACGCAGGCCAUGGCGCGCGGCAUCUCCUACCACAAGAAGAAGAAGCGCAGGGGCGGGAACAAGAACCGCGGCGGCGCCCGCGGAGGAGGCGGUAACGGCGACGACGCGAUGCCCCCGGCGGCCGCAGCAGCCAUGGCGAUGACGGCUCCGGGGGGGCUGCCCCUGCCGCCGCUGCCCCCGUGCCUCAACGGGGUGCCGUUCGAGUACUGCGAUCUUGGCCUUGGGAGCGUCGUCGGAGGAAGCCAUGGCCAUGGCCAUGGCCACGGCGGCGCCGGCGCCGGCUUUUACGGUGGCAUCUACUUGCCGUUUCUGUACAACACGUUCAGUUAG